CGUGCGCAACACGCGUUCGAAUUUUAAAACCGAUGCGAUCGCGAACGCGACUCCGUUUUGUCUUCUAAUCUCUUUUGUUCCGACAAUUUGUUUAAAUGGAAGUAUUGGGGACACUUCUAGUUUACCAUUGUGACUAUACCACAUAACAUGCUUUUAAAGUUCCUUUGUUGAAGCAUAAUAUAAGGUUUAGUUCUACUUUCGUAAAAUUUAAAUAACACUGUGAGUAAAAAUUUAAUAGAAAGAAAAUAAUCUCAUCGUGAUAUUGGACUGAUAAGACCGAAGAAGUAGAAGGGUCACCUGAAGAUCUCAUUUCUGUGAUGAACAAUGCUUAAACAAGAACUUCUCCUGUUGAUAUGGGCAUGCAGUGCGCUGGCUGCAUUGGACGGCUACAGUUCGCAGCAGGAUCCUGAUCAGUUCCACAUUCAAACGGAUGAAGACGAUGAGCGGUACUUUCUUUACCAAACUCACAACGGUCAAUAUCGCAAAGAGAGAAGGCUGAAAGACGGCUCAGUUGUAGGAACAACCGGAUGGGUAGGCGCAGAUGGAUUCCUUAGGUUGCAAGACUACAUUGCCGAUGACCAGGGAUACAGAAUUUACAAAUCUAAGACUGUCUAUGUUGGAUUGAACCGACCUAUUGGAGAGUCAAUUAAAAUGGCAAAGACUGCACCUACUGAUUCCGGGUUUGGAGUCACACCCGCGCCGCCGCCACAUCACUCCAGCGCGCCCGCACAAAGCAUCACCACAACCCCAGCGCCUACAACUGCCCACCAGCCGCCACAGCCAUACCCGAGCGAAGUAUCCAUUACUCCAACCCCGUAUUCUUACCCCGCGCCCACUUCGACCCCACACGUUGAAGUAUCGCCCAACUCUAUUGAUAGUUCAACGCCAUAUAAUUUAAAACCAACUGUACCACCGAUCACAGCUGAAGAUGCAUCUCCUUCCCCGAGCCCUUACGAUUACGACAAUACGAACACAAUUGAUGACCACUACUACGCUAGUGAUAGCUCACCUUACAGACGAUAUGAUGUCUACAAUCCUAACUCUUAUCGUCAUGCCGACGACUGGACCCGCCGAUAUCAAGGAAAUGUGCGAGUGGGUGAUGGAUACACACCACAGUUUCCAGGAUACGAUGGUGUAGCGUACAGAAGAAACGGAUUUAGGUAUUACCUGCCAAAGCAGUAUCACGAAGAAGCUACCCAAGAUGCUAACGAACGAAUCGGUAGCUUCGGUUACGUAGAUCCGUUUGGUAUUCGAAGAGUUAUAUAUUACAACACGUCACCGGGCGAAGGUUUCCAAAUUCGUAAGAACAACAGGUACGUAGGCCACGAUGCGACGCCUUACGAUCCCAGACCUGUUCAGUGAAUUCGAGUCAUUAUUUGUGUAAAGUAAGUCAAAGUUACCUCUUGCAUAUCAGUAUUUUAUACGUUACAAAAAAAAAUUAAUUGACGAAGACAAAACGAUUGAAUCUCGAACGAAAUUUCUUAGCCAUAAAUCUAUAAAAAUUAAGUGGGUGUUAACCACGAGAAAAAGAAUAUAAUCUUUAACUUAAUUUAUUACUUUAGUUUAUGAUUAAUCUUUUUAAAGAACACUUAAAUUCGUGACCGCUGAAUAUCGGUGCCAUUUUAAACGAUAAUAUCGAAUGUUUAAUAAAAUGCACUUUUUAAUUAACAACGUAACAUAUUAUAAUUUUUUACAGAGAGAUACUUAAAUAAUCUUCUUAAAAGUUAUGAAUGUAAUUGUACAAUGAAAUAAUCGUUUUCAUAAGGAUUUUCUAUAUUGAACUAUCACGAGAGUUCAUCAAGGUGAAUAAACUCAAGUGGGCGUCUUAUUACAAAGCCUUUUAUGUAUUUCCACAAAUUAGACCAUUCUGCCUAAACUUAGCAUUCAAAGUGCCUUUUGUAAAAUAACAGCCAAGAUUUAUAUCAAGAUAGUAAAACUUAUUAUACUUAGUUAUAUAAUAAAUAUAAGUUUUUGCUUCUAAAAGGCGCUCCGAAUACUAAAAGUUAAUAAAAAACUGUUUAAUUUCUCUUUAAUAGCUUGAAUUAAAUUAGACGAAGUACAAAAUCAUCUGAUCUAAUGUUUUUGUAACAAACGAAAAAUAGUUUUUUAUAAGCUAUUAAAAAUAAUUGUUAAUUAAAAUUACAAAAACUUGUCUGAAAUCUAAAUCAAAAUCGAAUACAGUAGAAUGCCGAUUAUCUGAAUUAAUGGGGACCGGGGUUGAUUCGGAUAAUCGAAAAUUCGGAUAAUCGGACAUAAUAAAGAAAAUAAACUGUCACACAUAGAAUAAACUUUAUUAAGUUUAAAAAACACAGUUCUAUAAUAACGCUCGAUUAGAGUAAGUUGAAAAUCUCGAUCCGAGUAAGUUGCAACCCCAUCAGGCCUCCAGUCAACAAAAGAAAACUUGGUACCGAUUCAAAUAUUUGGCGAUUCGGUUAAUCGGCAUUCAGAUAAUCGGUUUUUUACUGUGUUAUAAUUAUGUAUUUUUAAUGACAAUUGUCGCAAUAUUAUGCACACAUACGUAAAUAAUUGUAUUAAUAUGUACAAUAUAUUUACAUAUUGAUUGAUUUAUCGGUGCUUUAGCUUGGUGUAAGUGUAAAAGAAAAAGUUGUUGCGAAUAAUUUGUCAUUAUUUUUAUCAUUCGACGACUACAAAAACAUCAUAAUGACAACUUGUUGCAGCAACUUAAAUGGGACAUUUCUGUAAUAUUAAUUUUAACUUACCUUAUAAAUGUGUAUACUAUUUUAUCUAUAUUGUUAAAUAUUGUUAUUAUAAAUUAUUUUCUGUUUGUAUAUUUAAAACUGUAACUUUAUC